AUGUCGCUUCGUCGAGCACCUACGCGACGCGGCCCCAACCCUGGGGUUGCCGCCAAGCCGAAGAAGGGCUAUGAGAAUGUUGAGCAGGGAGUAACACAGCUUUAUCCCGAGCCUAAAUCGACCAGGAAGACGGACAUGGAUAUUGUUUUUGUGCCGGGUUUGGGCGCACACCCUGUGUUGAGUUUUAAGUCCACCACCACCGACUUCAACUGGAUGAAAGAGGAUGGCAUUUGUCGCGAUUUCCCCAAUGCCCGCAUCCUUCUCUAUCAAUCUGAAUCUUCAUGGACGGGCACCAUCAAGGUGAAGCAGUUUCUGAGCAACCUCGCACAGACUCUGCUUGAAGGAUUGAAGAUGCUCAGAGAGGGAGAGAAUGCAAACUUUAUGAGGCCCAUCACAUUCAUCGGACAUUCAAUGGGAGGACUCGUUAUCGCAAAGGCCAUCUGUAUCGCCGAAGCUCGACAAGACCUUUUCCCUGGUAUGUUCGCAGACAUAGCCGGUUGCGCCUUUUUCGGAACCCCAUUCCGUGGAGCUGAAGCUGCCUCGCUGGCUUGUAUGCUUUCAUCCGUCGGAAAGAAGACGGGCGCUGCAACGGCCUCCAAGCUCCUCGAGUUGAUGAGACCCGAUGAUGAAGGUCUUAACGAGCUCAGGAAGGAGUUCGUUCGACUAGCUAUCAAGAUCAGCCCCAAGAUAGAGAUGCAAGGAUUCUGGGAAGAACAUCCUACCACCAUCAAAGAUCUGAACGGCAUGCCCCAGUUUCUUUCAGCCCUGAACAUCCCCUUGCCCAAGAGGUAUGCAGAAUUCGUCACCCGGGAGUCGGCUAUCGUGGAGGGCGUGAUGGAGUCGAUGGGCCUGGCUGCCAACCAUCGCGACUUGGUCAAGUUUGAUAGCUCGAAAGAUGAAAGAUACACGUUAGUGCGAGGUCCUUUGAAACGACUGAUCAACGGAUCACGCCUGAGAGUCAAGAACCGACACAAAUCAACACGAGGCGAUGCUCAAGAGUCCUUUGACAAGGCUCGAAAGACUUUCGAAGGCGCACAACCGCAUAAACAGAGAGACAUCAUCAAACAAAAUACUGCUACUUCGACGUGGUUUCCAAAAGAACCAGAGUUUCUGGGUUGGUUAGCGCCGCCUGACGAGAAGGAGAGCACUUCCCUCGUCAAGAAGCAAGAUUGUCUUUGGGUUCGCGGCCGCGAUGGACGUGGUAAGACCAGCGCUGCUCUAUCCGCAAUUGAGGAGAUCGAGAAAUGGGUGAAAGACGAUGAAGAAGAAGAGGACGCUACCGCAGAUAAGCCUAUUCAAGUCGCGUCGCGUGUCUACCUUGUCUACUUCUUUUGCGACAAAGCAUCGGACUAUGGUACUGCCGAGGAAAUGUUGAAGUCUCUGAUCUAUCAACUUAUCGAAAAGCAGAAACUAACAGCAGUACACACUAACUUCCUCCUCAAGAAGAAAGGCCGAGAAACUCAGCCCCUACUUACGGUUGAAAACUUAUGGCAAGUUCUACAGGAUAUCCUCGCAGAUGACGUUUUCGUUGGAACGAGGGUGUACUUUGUUGUCAACAAUCUUGAGGCUCUCUCACAAGAUGCUGUGUCUACAGCAACCCUCUUGAGUUUUCUCAGCUCGGAACUUGAGCAAGAUGGCAGCGGGAGACGCUCGAUGGUGCGAUGGAUGUUCACCAGCGGCCAGUCCUGGGAAAUCGACCAAGCGCUACGGAAGCCAUUGGUUCGUCUAGUCGAUCUUGAGGACGAGAAGUACGGCGAUCAAGUCCAACUGGAGCUACGCAAGCAUGCGCAGACCAAGGUCCUGGAACUCAAGGCGCACAAGAACUACAGCAGAGCUCUUGCGUACUUCGCUAGCAGUGUGAUCGGCCAGCGCGCCCAGAACACGCAGUGGAUCGACAUCACCUGCGAUCACCUCGAGGAGCUUCCCCGGCACGAGAACGACCUCCAAGUCCGUCGUCUUCUCGAAGUUGUACCUCAAGACCUCGAUGCUCUGCUCAACGCUGCCUGGCAGUCUGUGUUUGAGAACAACCGAUCCAAGACCGGCGAGAUCAAGGAAAUGCUGCGAGUGCUGGUUCUCACCUACCAAGACCCCACUGAGACGGAGCUUCGUCUUCUUGCUGGCCUUGAUGCACCUACCCCCGAGCAGGAAUCUGAGUUGCACGAUCUUAUCUUGAAGUGUAGGCCACUGAUCGUACUGAAAGGGGAUGGCAACAGCUCAGAAUCAACUGUUUGUUUUGCUGAAGCAGUCGUGAAAACACACCUUCUCGAAAAUGCUCACAAGUUGCUGGGUCUCACAGGCGAAGAUAUCAAACUACAGCAUGGUAUUCUGGGAUUCCGUGCUUUCAGUCACGUUUUGGAAAUGUUUGACUUCCCACUUGAUGCAGUUCCUGAGACGCAGGUGGAUGAGGCGGGUGGAAAUGCCGAACCAGUGGAAGGGAAUGUCGCUGGAGGAGAAGACGACAAUGAUGAGCAAAAGAAUAACAGCGACCAGCAGGCAAUCGAAAAUAAUGAUGACGACGCCGCUUCUAGCUCAUCUAGGGAGCCAAGUAACAAUGGAGAGGCAGAAGAAGAGGAAGAAGAUGACGAUGGGGUGGAUCAAGUUGAAGAACAGGAAGAAGACGAGGACCCCGAAGCCGCAUACCUGAAGAACAUAGCUGAGGCAUAUGCUGUGAAGCAUUGGCUUUCUCAUGCCAGCCAGGCUACGGCGGACAUUGCUGAAGCCCUUAGCUUGGAAGAAAAGUUUUGGGAGGGAGGCUCCAUCCUACGGCGCCGCUGGCUUACAGAGCACAAUCGUCUCACAGACUCCUUCAAAUACUAUAGUCGCUCUGAGCUUACUGGACUUCAUAUCGCUGCUGCGAUCGGAUUCAGAGAACUUGUCUCGGCUCUCAUGGAUAACGGAUAUGAUGACGACAAGUCUUCAUUCGACUCUGACUGGUCUACGCCGCUCCAUUUCGCCGCAGCGUAUGGCAAUGUAGAUAUUGUGGAGGAACUGCUCGACAGAGGUUCCCAAAUUGACGAAGGUGUUCAAGACAACUACAUAACUCCACUGCAUAGAGCAGCGGCAGAGGGUCAUGUAAAGGUCAUGGCUAAGCUUUUGCAACGGGGGCCAGAUCCAAACGCUAACUGUCUCACAUACGGCGGUGUGAUAUGUGCCGCUAUCCAGUCAGGAAACUGUGACGCUGUAAAGCUUUUGGUUACUCAUAACGUUUCCCUUGUCAGCUUGGCUGAAGACGAAGACGAGGAUAACGACGAAGAUGGAGGAAAGAAAGAUAAGGGCGACAAUGAGAAUGAAGACGAAGACGAUGAGGACGAGGAUGAUGAUGAUGAUGACGACGACGAUGACGGUGAUAGUGAAGACGAGGAUGAGGACGAGGAAGUUAUCACGUCCCCCCUGGCCUUAGCAGCCAUGAGAGCUGACCUGACGGUUUUCGAGUUCCUCAUCAAAGAGUACUCGGACAAACUGCCUCCCAAAGAGUUCGACAUUGCGCUUGUCAAGGCCGCGGAAUACGGUCGCAUGGAAGCAUUCACACGGCUCUUCCAUGAUUUCGAACACACUCAGCAGGCCAAACAGGAUGCCCUGGAUGAUGCCUCAUACGAAGGCCAAUGGGAAAUCGUUUCGUUGAUCCUUGACAAUUGUCCCGAUUUGAACUGCGACAAGUCGUUUCUGCAUACCGCAGAAGACGACGAGGAUGAUGACUCGAUUCGCAUACUGGAGGCAAUGUGGGAGUAUACAGGUGGAAGCAUCUCGCCCGAGGCAUUGGACAAGUCACUGUACGAAGCUACGGAUAAUGAGAGUGCAAGAACAAUUGAGCUGCUCUUGAGAUAUGGAGCUAGCGCCAACGCAACUGGCGAGGAAUAUGGAAACGCCCUGACAGCAGCCGCUUACGACGGCACCAUUGAUAUCAUUAAGAUGCUUCUUGACGCUGGUGCUGAUAUCAACUCCCCCGACGGUUGGGCUCUUCAACACGCUGCGGGAGAGGGACACGCCGAUGUGGUCAACCUUCUCCUAGAGCGAGGAGCCAACGUCAACGCCUGCUCAAGUCAUAACAACAUGCCGCAGGGAACAGCACUACAGGCGGCAGUUGAAUCCGGCCAGAGCGACAUCGUCGAUAUCCUACUCGAGCACGGGGCUGAUCCCAACCUCGGAGGAGGCGAAUUUACGCACCCCAUCAUCGCCGCGGCAAGCAAGGGUGAAGAGGCUAUCUUCAAAAGACUGCUUGACGCCAAGGUCGACGUGACCGUCACGGGCGGAGAAUACAUGUCGACUCCCCUGACCUACGCGGCGAUCUACCUGCCCACAGAUUCGAUCCGCCUUAUCCUCGAUGCUGGUGCCGACAUCAACCACCUUGACAACGAAGGAGACACAGCACUUAUAGUGACAGCGGGUCUCGGCGACCAUGAAACUGUGCGACUUCUCCUCGACUACGGUGCGGAUGUUCUGGUGCAGAACAACGAGGGGUUGAACGCAUUGUCAAAAUCCCUUGCAGCAGAUAGGCCUGUUUGUGUGAAGAUGUUGGUUGAGCAUGUUUCCGACUUGAUGGAGGCUAUGAGGGUUGCUAUUGAGUCUGGAGAUGCUGCUGUUACUGCAGUUGUUAGAAGUGUGCAGAACAAGAAGCAGGAGCUCAAUUACGACGACCCGGUGGUUCCAGAAGUACUAACAGAACCAGCACACGACGAGAGUAGGAGAAGCUCUGUCUAUGGACCGGUUCCUCCAGAGACCGAGGGCCACGUAUUCAACCCUGAACCAGUUGCUUACCAUCCCGAGAAGAUUGUCGUGGAUGACCAGCACAAUGCUCCCAGCCACGGCGUUACACUCCAGGAACCGAUAACCAGACCUUCCAUCACGCCAUCUGGACCCUCCGCCACCUCCGUCCACGACUUAUACAGCCCUGCCCAAGAAUUCCUCGACCACUCUCCCGACAUGCUAUCCAGGCGUCAGAGCGAGUUGUCUACACCUACCAGCGGACAACCCUCAGGUCCUAUCAGAAGGAAGCCCAUCUCAGGCGGAAAGCCUCCUCUGUACAGACCAUACCAGCCUAACGGAUCUGGAGAGAAUGUUCGACAUUCGAGUCCACCUGGGGCGUUGGCAAACGCGUUCCAGGCCUACCAGCCACUACAGUCGCAACCGCAGGCACAGCAAGAACCAGGUCCUUCGAUGUCGCCGCCGAGUCAUACUUCACCUGAGCCAGAAUUCGUUCCGUAUGCGCCUGGACCGACAAACUAUGCACAGCCUGAUUCGGAGGCACGACGGAAGUCAUCGCGGUCGUCAUUUAUGGGGAUGAAGGUUCCAUGGUCGGAUAAUCGUUUCGGCUAA